AGAUUGCGCACCUCAAGCCCCACAUUGCCGCCCCACCAUCCCGAACGUUCCACUCGUGACUGUCUGUCGGCGGCGCCCAAAGCGCAUUGUCACUGAUGACGCUCGUGAUUGCAACAAGAAGCAAUGCUUCACGAAUUCGUGACGCUCUCUGGAAUGAGCUGGACGCGCUGCGCCUUGCAGCGAUCUCAAACAGGCAAGUCCAUUCCCGCUUCUUCUAUCUGUUGGCCCUUCCUGCAGUGAGGCACCUGCACCACGACUCGAUUCUCACGCCACGUGCCGAUGACACAUUUCGAACGCUGCCUGGUUCUCCCAGGCCAGAAGCGCUAUCGGCAAGUGGCGAGGAGACCUUCGACAAGAAGCGCGAGCUCACUAUUGUCCACUAUCGGAACAAGAGCAAGUGCAAACUCACAAAUGCAGCUCGUUCGCCCCCGGUCAAAUGACCCGUGGAGAACCUAGUGCGUCACUCGAGUGGCUGACUGUCCGAGAUGUUGCAGGUAUAUACGAGACAAUGCAUCGCGCAUCCGCCAGAAGGCCACAGCUGGCGCCUGGACGCCAGAUGGAGCACCGCUACCACGAUUGGUAAAAGGGAUACAUGGUAGCGGCCGACAGCUGUGGGAGGAAUUUCUGUCUACCACGCUGAGCAGAUGCGGCAUAUCUGAUUCCUCGUCAUCCAUAAGGCUGGUCGUGAAGACCGCUGCAGC